AUGAAGUUCCUCUCCCUUCUCGCAUUGCCUUUGGCAUUGGCCUUGCCCGUCGAGGAUAUGCCUCAGGGUCCCGCUCCUCCGAUGCUGGGUGCUCGUGUUGAACCUGCACCGGAGCUCCAGGCAAGAUAUGCAACCCCAACAGUCGUCAUCCCAUUUCCGCAGGCUACAAUCGUUGGCCUCGGAGGUGCAGAUGUUGAGCAAUUCCCUGGAAUCCCGUUCGCCAAACCUCCUGUCGGCGACUUGCGCUUGAAGUCCCCGCAACCUCUUACCGAACCCCUCGGAACUUACCAGGCAACGAAGAACCAGGCCGCCUGCCCACAGUUUUUCUUCUCAGACGCCCUCGAUGAUUCCAUCCCCACCUCAGUCAUCGGCCAAAUUCUCAACUCGCCCUUCGUCCAGAAGAUUACACAACAGAGCGAAGACUGCCUCUAUCUGAACGUGCACCGUCCAGCUGGCGUCGCCGCCAAUGCGAAACUCCCGGUGCUCUUUUGGAUGUUCGGUGGCGGCUUCGAGCUUGGCUGGAACACCAUGUACGAUGGAUCCCCAUGGGUCAAGUCCUCUAUUGAGCAGGGCAAGCCUAUGAUUUUCGUCACUGUCAACUACCGUAUCGGAGGAUUCGGAUUCCUGCCAGGUGCUGAGAUUCUUAAAGACGGAUCCUCUAAUCUCGGCCUGAAGGACCAGCGUUUGGGGCUCCAAUGGGUUGCCGACAACAUUGCUUCCUUUGGAGGUGACCCCGACAAGGUGACCAUCUGGGGUGAGUCUGCCGGCGCCAUCUCGGUUUUCGACCAGAUGGUCAUCAAUGAUGGUGACCACACCUACAAGGGAAAGCCCCUUUUCCGCGCUGGCAUUAUGAACUCUGGUUCAGUCGUCCCCGCCGAUCCCGUCGACUGCCCCAAGGGUCAGGUCGUCUACGACACUGUUGUUGAAGCUGCUGGCUGCAAGGGCAAGGCGGAUACCCUCGCCUGCCUCCGCAGUGUUCCAUACCAAACAUACCUCAAUGCAGCGAACUCUGUGCCGGGCUUACUGUCACACACUUCCGUGGCGCUAUCAUACCUUCCUCGCCCCGACGGCGUCUUCCUGACCCAGUCCCCUGAUGUCCUUGUUCUGAACGGCAAAUACGCGAAGGUCCCCUUCAUCGUCGGCGAUCAAGAAGACGAAGGCACUCUGUUCGCCCUGUUCACCAGCUACAUUAAGACCCCCGCGGACUUGGUUAAGCACCUUACGACGGUCUUCUUCCACCACUCCACCGCAGCUCAGAUGUCAGAGCUCGUCCAAACAUACCCCAUCGGCUUGCUAGACGGUUCCCCCUUCCGCACCGGUAUCUUCAACAACUGGUACCCCGAAUUUAAGCGCCUGGCCGCCAUCCUCGGUGACCUUACAUUCACACUCUCCCGCCGUGUCAUGCUCCUUGGUACUAGCACUAUCGCGCCUGAUGUGCCAUCGUGGUCUUAUCUAUCCAGCUACGACUACGGCACCCCGGUCAUGGGUACCUUCCAUGGCAGCGAUCUGAUCCAAGUCUUCUUCGGCAUCUACCCCAACUACGCCGCCGCAUCGUUCCGCGCCUACUACCUCUCCUUCGUGGCUACCAUGGACCCGAACAAUGGCACCGACCCCAAGUACCGCAAGUGGCCGCAGUGGAAGGACGGCAACCAGCUCCUGAACACUUACGCGACCUACAGUCAGCUCAUCAAGGAUGACUUCCGCAGCAAGACCUACGACUUCAUCGUUAAGAACAUCAAGAGCCUUUACAUCUAA